AUGACAAACGCUGGAACUACUGAUUUAAGUUGGUUACCUUCGGAUGCUGAUGAACAAUUAGCCUUAGGGUUUAAAAUUGUUACAAAUGCAUAUAAAACAAGGGUCACGUCUCAAGAGGCUGAGAUAAGAUCAUUAAAAGGACAAUUAACAGAAAAACAAGAACAAUUAUCAUCAAUUCAAAAAAAAUAUAGCAAUCUUGAGGUUCAAUUGAUUGAAUCUACUCAAAGGGGAAAUCAGUUAGCUGACGAAAACAAGCAAUUAAUAACAACCAUAAAAAAGUUAAAUAGAGAUAUUGAUAGACUAGAGAAUUUAAAGAAAGCCGUUUUAAAUUCCAUACAAGAAGAACACGAUGUCGAAGACGCACACAAAUAUUAUUCAGCUGAUGACCUUUUACAAACAACGGCACCACGAACAAUGUUGGAAAUGAAUGGAAAUGAAGAUUCAUGUCAAAGUAUAAUUAAUAAAAUUGUUAAUUCAGAUACUCAUAAUAUAAUAAAUGGAAGUUUUAAUUCUCCCUAUAUAGGAAAUGUACCCUUGGGUGAGAAAAAUACAGACGGAAGGGCUUUCUUCAGAAAUGCUCGUAGUAGAUUAUCAUAUGAACAAUUCAAUCAGUUCUUAAGUAAUAUUAAAAAACUUAAUAAUCAUCAACAAAAAAGAGAAGAGACAUUAAAAAAAGCUCAAGCCAUUUUUGGUGAAGAAAAUGUAGAUUUAUAUGAAGAAUUUAAAGUACUUAUUUCAAAACAUUCAUAA